AAGCCCGAUACAUAUGCGAUUCGAGCUAAUGUAGCAGGACUCAAAAAAAUAUAAGCUUGAAGCUGUCUUUUGAUUUUCUGGAAGUUCAAAUCGUGGUCUAUGCUAUCGUCUCGCUCUCUCGUUCUCCCUUCGUCGCUUUCUGACCUUAGCAACAAGACAAGAAGCCCGAUCUAGUUGGAUAAUGGAUAUAUAGGAUUUGAAGGACGAUAAGCGAUUCAACCUUCUCUCAUUCGCUCUCUUCUUCUGGAGAGUCUGUCUAUACUGCCGGCGACCCUGCCCCUCUCUUCGAUUCUCUGAUUUUUCCUUUUCAACGGUCAGUUGCCGUUGUUAUUAUAUCACCGACGGCCUUUCCGAUAUCAAUUUAAUUUUUCGUUUUGCUGUCUGGAAUAGGUGUAAGCUGCAAGGUCUAACAACUGGGGGUAGACAGGCAACUGAGCCACCCUCCCAAUCACCUUUCAUCUCCAAAUGCACCAAGCCUUUGUGGCUCUAGAUCCUUCCAUGUGUUCACCAAGAUACCAUUGUUGAAAUCUAGACCCUCCUGUACUCAUAUAUAUGUACUCAGUGUCCAUAUGAUCAAUGUGGUCCAAUACAGUUCAAAGAUGUCCCUGGAUCAACUUGGGUUGCACAACAAUGAUUCUUGUUUUUUAAUGUACUUAGCUUCUACUACCUGACCAUCUACAGAAUAAACACGUAUUGAGAAUGUUAACUCUUCAGCUGUUGCCAAAGCUUCAGUUGCAAACAAAAAAUUCAUGGCUGAUAGUCCUUUGCACAAGCUCGGUGCAUCAUGAUUGCAAGUUUUGUACAUGGAGAUUGAUAAAGCAAUUAGAGAAAGUGAUGAUAGAAGGCUCAAGACCAAGUACAAUAAUGCCAUCUAUGUUAUUCAAAGAGCUCUUGCUAUAUAUUCGAUUGAAGAGAUUGCUUUAAGCUUCAAUGGAGGAAAAGAUUCAACAGUUUUGCUGCACUUGCUUAGGGCCGGCUUUUUUUUGCAUAAAGGUGGACAAAGCUGUUCCAAUGGGGGUCUUAUUAGUUUCCCAAUUCGAACAAUAUAUUUUGAGAGUUCCUCUGCUUUCCCUGAAAUCAAUUCAUUUACCUAUGAAACAGCCUCUAGCUAUGGUUUGCAAUUGGAUAUCAUUAGCUCCGAUUUCAAAACUGGAUUGGAAAAUCUGCUCAAAGCUAAUCCUAUCAAGGCUAUUUUCCUUGGUGUUCGAAUUGGUGACCCUACUGCGGUAGGCCAAGAACAAUUCUCCCCUAGUUCGCCUGGAUGGCCACCUUUUAUGAGAGUGAAUCCUAUCUUAGACUGGUCAUACAGAGAUGUUUGGGCUUUUAUUUUGACCUGCAAGGUCCGGUACUGCAGCCUUUAUGAUCAGGGAUAUACUUCUAUAGGGAGCAUACAUGACACAGUACCAAAUUCAUUGCUGUCCAUCAAUGACUCCAGUUGUAAAGAUAGAUUUAAACCUGCGUAUUUGCUUUCUGAUGGAAGAUUAGAAAGAGCAGGAAGAGUAAAAAAAUUGUCUCCUUCCUCUACUGGACAUUUUCCUGUUAAUGAUAGCCCAGGCGAUGUGGAUCCACAUAAAAACAGCAUGCUUGUAGCAUCAGCCAUUGCUGUUGGGGAUGAGAUUUUGUUUGGCACUGUCGAGGAUCAAUUGGGACCUUCACUGUGUAGAAAGAUCCGUUCAAUUGGUUGGUCUUUAUCACAAGCUGCAGUAGUGCGGAAUGAUAUAGAUUCUGUGGCUGCAGAAGUUGAGCGAUUUAAAUCUGCCAAUGAUGUGGUAUUUAUGUAUGGAGGGGUAGGUCCAUUGCAUUCUGAUGUUACUUUAGCUGGAGUUGCGAAGGCUUUUGGGGUUCGCCUGGCUCCUGAUGAAGAAUUUGAAGAAUAUCUUAGGCAUCUUAUAGGUGAACACUGCACUGGUGAUCGAAAUGAGAUGGCUCUGUUGCCUGAGGGUAUUACUGAAUUGCUACACCAUGAAAAGCUGCCAGUUCCUAUGAUAAAGUGCCAGAAUGUAAUCAUUCUUGCGGCAACAAAUGUUGCUGAGCUGGAUGAGGAAUGGGAAUGUUUGACAGAAUUAACAAAAUCUUACAACCUGCUGCCAAUGUUGGAACCAUUUGUAUUGAAACAAAUUUUAACAAAUCUUUCAGAUGUAGAAAUUGCUCAACCUCUAUCCAAAUUGUGUCUUGACUUCCCAGAUAUUAAUAUAGGGGUUUAUCGGAAAUCCAGGAAUGGGACUCUUGUAAUUAAUUUUGAAGGCAAGAAUCAAUUGCGGAUUGAUUUAGCUGUAGAAGCAUUAUGCAAGUUCUUUCAUCCUGGGGCAUUUUCUGAAAUUCACUAAAUUGGUGAUUCUGCUCAUUUUUUAAGUAUUUCCUUCUGAAGCUUGAGAUUCUGAUUGCUCAUUUGAUGGUAUUACCUGUCGGUAACAUAAAAGGAGUGGGAGGCAGCCUUGUGGUCAAUGUGAAGAUCAAAUGUGAAGAUUAGAGGAGGUUCCAGUUGGUAACAGAAUUAAAAAAACAAAAAAAAAAAAAAAAAAAAAACAAGAAUUAAAAAAAACAAAAAAAAAAAAAAAAAAAAUAAAAAAAAAAAAAAAAAAAAAAAAAAAAUGGGGGAAAUCAGAGGAAACUUUAAAAGACUAUAGAAAAAGAUAACUGCACAAAGCAUUUUAUGGUUAAGGAGGAACCAGAUUGUCAUCGUCAUAAGCUAACUGGUUGAAAGGCUUCGCCUCUGCCUUCAGGCAAAAGCUAAGUGAAGUUCAAUGCUCUUCAAAUAAUUGAAGAGGUUUUGGUGUUGAACUGCAAAAGAAUUCCUUAUGAAUUAUCAGCUUUAUGUUUACUCAAUUUCAAGAAUAUUUUGCUAGUUUCAUUACUUUUUUAUUUAUCAUCGAUUUGUGCAAUUCUUGUUUUCGCCAAGUGGUUCAGUCAAUUAUGUGAUACAAUGAUUAAUGAAAAUUUGGAAAUGUUGCUUAGAUAGUUUGGAAUAAAUUCACACAAUUUAUUUCAUUUGCAAA